AUGACGCAGGAUAAUCAUAUCACGUUGCCUCCUAUAUCUUCGUUUGAUAAUUUGAUUAGAGCUGCCACGGAACAGGAUUUUCAUGCCGCCGCAGCUGCAGCUGCAGCUGCAGCUGCAGCUGCAGCCGUGGUUCCCGCGGCUCCUGCCGCGGCCGGCGCGCACCUCCGUGGCAGCGUCAGCAGCGCCAGCAGCCCUAGUUCUGGUGGGGCUAGCGCUGGAGGCCGCGCCUGCCAUCCGGCGGGCGCGGCCUCCUCCUCUGCUUCCGCUUCUGCGGCGGCCGCAGCCGCCGCAAACAAUACAGACUCCCUUCUAUCGUACCAAUUGUCCAAUAUCAGCAGAACGGACUCGCAGUCCGGUUCCUUAUCUCCGGACCACAGCAAUUACUUUAUCCCAUUCAGACAUGUUUCUAUUGACAGCGGGCGGUUAGGAGGAGGCAGCCAGCCUUCUUCCGUGGAUGGAUCGCCCUCGGAAAAACCCGCAGGCGGCAUGGAAUUACAUGAUCAGCAUACGCAGCAGCAGCAGCACCAUCAUUAUCACCACCAACACCAGCUCCAGCAGCAUCAGCAUCUUCAUCAUAGAGGCGGCGGCUGCGGCAGCGCCGCAGCCGCCGUGGCAGCCGCCGGCAGAGUUGGCAAGUCGAACAAGCCUCGCAAGAAAAAGGAGUGUCCCAUCUGCCACAACUUCUACGCUAACCUCUCCACACACAAAUCGACGCAUCUGGACCCGGAAGCUCGACCCCACAAAUGCGACAUCUGCUCACGUGGGUUCGCGCGUUCCAACGAUCUCCAGCGUCACAAGAAACGUCAUUGGAAGGAGGAGUUUUCUCCGAGCCAGGAGCUACUUAAAGCCGCCGAGGCCCAGCAUGGCGGCUGUGCCGGCACACAAGGUGGUGGCGGCCAUGGGAAUGGCUGCGGGCCGGCGGGUAGUCGUAACGUGGCGGCUAAAUUGGAACACAACAUCCCCACGGAACGAUUGAAGAGUUUGCAUAUGAUCCAGGGCACGUACAAGUGCCCCUUCAAUUCGGCGCUCAUAAAACUGGAUAUGGAGAUAUACCCGACCAAAGACCGGCAGUUGUUGUUUGAAACGUCGAACUGCCAUAUCACGGGGGUUUUUUCCAGAUGCGACACUUACAAAAACCAUCUAAAGGCGCUGCAUUUUGAAUACCCGCCGGGGACAAAGAAGCGCGAGCGCGCCAAUAUCCAUGGAAGGUGUAAGCAUUGUGGGAUGAAGUUUGAUAACGUCGAUGUUUGGCUUAACGAACAUAUAGGGAAGGUUUGUGGCUAUUUCUACCACUGA